AUGAGCCAGCCCAGGCCUCGCUACGUCAUAGACCGAGCUGCAUAUUCCCUCGCUCUUUUCGAUGAGGAAUUUGAGAAGAAGGACAGAACUUACCCAGUGGGCCAAAAGCUUCGUGAUGCUUUCAGAUGUUCCUCUGCCAAGAUAAAAACUGUGGUAUUUGGGCUUCUCCCUGUCCUAUCCUGGCUCCCCAAAUACAAGAUUAAAGACUACAUCGUGCCUGAUCUCCUUGGGGGAUUGAGUGGGGGGUCCAUCCAGGUCCCACAAGGCAUGGCUUUUGCACUGUUGGCCAACCUUCCUGCAGUCAAUGGGCUCUACUCAUCUUUCUUCCCUCUCCUGACUUACUUCUUCCUGGGAGGCGUUCAUCAGAUGGUGCCAGGUACCUUUGCUGUUAUCAGCGUCCUGGUGGGUAACAUCUGUCUGCAGCUGGCUCCAGAGUCAAAAUUCCAGGUCUUUAACAAUGUCACCAACACAAGCUACGUGGACAUAGCAGCCAUGGAAGAGGAGAGACUUCACGUGUCAGCGACAUUGGCUUGUCUAACAGCUAUUAUCCAGAUGGGCUUAGGGUUUGUACAGUUUGGUUUUGUGGCCAUCUACCUGUCCGAGUCCUUCAUCAGAGGCUUCAUGACUGCUGCUGGGUUGCAGAUCCUGAUCUCUGUACUCAAAUACAUCUUCGGGCUGACCAUCCCCUCCUACACUGGACCUGGAGCCAUUGUCUUGACCUUCAUCGACAUCUGCAAAAACCUGGGCCAUACAAAUAUUGCCUCGCUUGUCUUUGCCCUCAUAAGUGCUGUCUUUCUGGUGCUGGUGAAAGAACUUAAUGUCCGCUACAUGCACAAGAUUCGUGUUCCCAUCCCCACGGAACUGAUUGUGGUGGUGGUGGCAACGGCUAUCUCUGGGGGUUGUAAGAUGCCCAAGAAGUACCAUAUGCAGAUUGUGGGAGAGAUCCAACAGGGAUUCCCCACCCCAGUGUCCCCCAUGGUCUUUCAGUGGAAGGACAUGAUUGGCACAGCCUUCUCCCUGGCCAUCGUGGGUUAUGUCAUCAACCUGGCCGUUGGCAGGACCCUGGGAACUAAACAUGGCUAUGAUGUGGAUUCUAAUCAGGAAAUGAUUGCUUUGGGCUGCAGCAACUUUUUUGGCUCCUUCUUUAAAAUCCAUGUCAUUUGCUGUGCCCUCUCAGUCACCCUGGCUGUGGAUGGAGCAGGGGGCAAAUCUCAGGUCUCAAGUCUGUGUGUGUCUCUAGUGGUGAUGAUCACCAUGCUGGUUUUAGGGGUCUAUCUGUACCCUUUGCCCAAGUCUGUGCUAGGUGCCCUAAUUGCUGUCAAUCUCAAGAAUUCUCUUAAGCAGCUCACCGAUCCCUAUUACUUGUGGAAGAAAAGCAAAUUGGAUUGUUGUGUCUGGGUUGUAAGUUUCCUCUCCUCCUUUUUCCUCGGACUGCCUUAUGGUGUAGCGGUGGGCGUAUCCUUCUCCAUCCUAGUGGUUGUCUUCCAGACCCAGUUCCGUAAUGGCUCUGCCUUGGCCCAGGUCAUGGACACGGACAUCUAUGUGAACCCAAAGACCUAUAAUAGGGUCCAGGAAGUAGAGGGAAUUAAGAUCCUGACUUACUGUUCUCCGAUCUACUUUGCCAACUCAGAAAUCUUCAGACAGAAAGUCAUUUCCAAGAUAGGUGUGGAUCCCCAGAAAGUGUUCCUGGCCAAGCAGAAAUACCUAAGGCGCCGAGAGAAGGGACGCAAGAUGCCCUCAAAACAAAGGAAAUCCCUGUUCUUGAAAAACAAGACUGUCUCCCUGCAGGAACUCCAGCAGGACUUUGAGGGUGUUUCCCCCACUGAUACCAACAACAAUCAGACAGCCGCCAAUGGAACUGGGGUCUCCUAUAUCACCUUCAGCCUAGAGACCCCCACACCCUCCAAAGAUGAGCCACCAGCCCCCUUUACACCCUCCAGUGAACCUGAGGACUCCCUGGCCAGUGCCCCACCCUUUAUCUCCUUCCAUACCAUCAUCCUGGACAUGAGUGGGGUCAGCUUCGUUGAUCUUAUGGGCAUCAAAGCAUUGGCAAAGCUCUCCUCCACCUUUGGGAAGAUUGGAGUGAAGGUAUUCUUGGUGAAUAUUCAAGCCCAAGUAUACAAUGACAUUAAUCAUGGAGGUGUCUUUGAAGAAGGAACGCUAGAAAGAAGUCACAUCUUCCCCAGCAUUCACGACGCUGUCCUCUUUGCCCAAGCCAACAGCAGAGUAGUGAGCUUCCUUCCUUUCUCAUAG